UACUGCUGUGAGGUCCCGUGACAAAUUUCAUUGGAACUUUUUACGGCCAGGAAAGACUGAUGUUUCCUGCUUCUCUGACUUAAUUGACGCUUAUGGGCAGCGAGAAAUACACCUACAGUUUGGAGUUUAAGGGCUUCUAUCCGAAACAAAACUAGAAUAAUGCUCGACAAAUAGACGGUUUAAAUACCUCAGAAGAAAACAUCCACACUGGACCAAGAGGAACAGAUGAACGCCGCAUCAAAAUACUGUACGCAGUGACCCAUAAUGGGGACGGGUCAGUUGCACACUUGAAGCCUUAUCCUGACGAGGACACAUUACUUUAUGACCUUCCACCUUUGAAUGCCUAAGGCCCUGAGAUGGAGGAGCACUCCAAUCACCCCAGUGUCAGCAUCCCCUGCCACAAUGAGCAGAGGGACAAGAAGAAGCGUUACACAGUUUACAAAGUAAUAGUCAAUGUUGGGCAGCAGGAAUGGUUUGUCUUCAGGCGAUAUGCAGAGUUUGAUAAACUCUACAACACAUUGAGGAAGCAGUUUCCAUCUAUGAACCUAAAAAUUCCAGCUAAGAGGAUAUUCGGGGACAAUUUUGACCCCGAAUUCAUCAAACAGAGAAGAACUGGGCUGCAUGAGUUCAUAAAGCGGAUUGUUUCACAUCCUCAGCUUUGCAACCACCCAGAUGUGAGGACCUUUCUGCUGAUGGACAAAAUGCAGCAGUUUUCAGACGCCUCUGAGGAUGAGGACGACAAAAACAACUCUACCUCCAGAAACAUAAACCUGGGACCCUCGGGAAAUCCACAUGCCAAGCCCACAGACUUUGACUUUUUGAAAGUCAUAGGCAAAGGGAGUUUUGGAAAGGUUUUCCUCGCAAAACGAAAGCGCGACGGAAAAUACUAUGCAGUCAAGGUCUUACAGAAAAAGGUCAUUCUAAACAGAAAAGAGCAAAAACACAUCAUGGCAGAGCGAAACGUUCUGCUGAAGAACGUCAAACACCCUUUCCUGGUGGGCCUUCAUUAUUCCUUCCAGACCACGGAUAAACUCUACUUUGUCUUGGAUUUCGUCAAUGGAGGAGAACUUUUCUUCCAUCUUCAAAAAGAGCGGACCUUUCCAGAGCCCAGAGCAAAAUUCUACAUAGCUGAAAUGGCAAGUGCACUGGGAUAUCUACACUCUCUAAACAUUGUUUACAGAGAUUUGAAGCCAGAAAACAUCCUCCUUGACCAUGAAGGGCAUAUCGUUUUGACUGACUUUGGAUUGUGCAAGGAAGGCAUUUCCCAGACAGACACCACCAUGACUUUUUGUGGAACACCUGAGUACUUAGCUCCAGAAGUCCUGAGGAAGCAGCCAUAUGAUAACACAGUAGAUUGGUGGUGUCUGGGGUCAGUGCUGUAUGAAAUGCUUUUCGGUCUGCCACCGUUCUACAGCAGAGACACGCAUGAAAUGUAUGACAACAUUCUCCACAAGCCACUGGUGAUGCGUCCUGGUGCGUCCAGCACAGCCUGGUCUCUCCUCCAGGGCCUGCUGGAGAAAAAUGGCACGCACAGACUAGGAUCAAGUGAUGACUUUAAUGAGAUCAAGGCACACAGCUUCUUCUCCUCCAUCAACUGGGAUGACCUUGAGCAGAAGAAGAUCCCUCCCCCAUUCACGCCAAAUGUGAGCUCUUACUGUGAUAUCUCAAACUUUGACCCUGAGUUCACAGAUGAGAUGGUCCCCAACUCCGUCUGCUGGUCUCAAGAUCACUCCAUAGUCAAUGCCAGCGUUAUGGAGGCAGAUGAUGCCUUUGUGGGCUUCUCUUAUGCCCCACCUUCAGAUGACUCAUUCCUAUGAAACAUUCCCAGUGACGUCUUCACCCCCUUAACCAUCUUAACUUUUUUUUGACUAAAGGGAAGAAUUUAUACCUUGGAUGAACUUGUUCUAUGAAGCCAAAGCAAGCAGCUGAGAAGACACAGCACUUACGAGAGUUUGGACGGAACAUGUGCCAGAAAAAUCUUUAUAUUUUACAAAUUUGUAUUUAUAUAAAUGUAUAAAUAAUGACAUAAAAGAUGAUAUUUUUAGGAACUAAGGACAGACAUUCCUCUAUAAAUGCUAUUCCUGGUGGUUUCUAUAAUGAGCCUUUAUGAAUAAAGCCUUAAAAUUAUCCAUGAAUUAAAUCAACAUACAAUUUACUGAAAGACUUGAAAUAUUCACUGGACUCAUAAUCACACCAUUUGACUUUGAUAGUGUCCAUGUCCAGUCGAUGCAAUUACUGUAAAAUAAUUCAUGUGUAAUACUCAUUUUAAUUCAGCUGGAUAGAGAUUACUUGAGAGACCACUGAAUAGAGCAUUCUGGUUAAUAGGUCACAUGUGUACAGUAGUCUUCCACAGUUACCUUUCAGGUUGUCACAGUUUGUUUUUUAUUUGAUAUUUUAAAAAUAUUAUUAUUCAUUGCCUUAAUACAUUUACAGAAUUUUGAAACCCACAGUGCUUUGCUUUGCCUUACAUUUUAACAGGCUUAUACUCUCGCACAGUAAUAAAAAUAUCAAAAGCA